AUGGCAAAUGCGAGUGACCGAAACAUUUCACAACGGCAGAGAGUUGCAUAUCUAGAAAAUAUCGUUCGGCAAUAUGUGGGCGACGUGGACUUGACCUUGGAAUCUCUCAAAGCUCUCUCUCAAACUCCAGAGGCAGAUAAAAAGCAUCACGCCCCAAUGACCCAGGCUGAUGACUGCGAAUCCUCUCUCUCUGAAACUUCCGUGGGCGUUAACGAGACGUGUGACAUUUUGCCUGUUGACAAUAACAUAGCUCACUACUCGGGUGAAUUCUCACAUUGGAAUUUCUCGCAGAGGAUCAGGAAAUAUAUGAACACUCUACCCAAAGAGCAAACCCAAGACUCAGUUUCAAGCUGGAAAGACUUUUAUCGGACCGACGAGUUGCAAAGCCCGACCGCAGCCACGACAGCCUUAUUCUCUCUACCACCACGGCCCAUUGCCAACUUUCUCCUUCGCUGUUUCUUGAAGCAUGCUCAGACAAAUUACUUUUAUGUCGAAGAGACUUGGGUAGAAGACAAGCUCGACUUAUGCUACACCAAACCGGACGUACUAAGCCGUGGUGAUGUUGGUGUGGUGUCCAUUCUCUUUGCCAUCCUUGCGAUCGGGACACAGUACGCCUACAUCGAAUCUGAUCGAGCAGAUAACGGAGACAUAGGUCCGGAGCCAAACAUUUCUUCAUUUACAGAAGAUGCAGUUGGUGUCAUGUUUUACCAGCAGGCUUCUCGGCUGCUGCCAGAAGUCCUUGCCUUGGGUUCGUUGGAGUGUGUACAGGCGUGCUUGCUGAUUGCUGUCUAUCUGCUUCCGAUUGAUGCAGCCGGAUUAUCAUACUCUUAUUUGAAUAUUGCCAUCAAUGUUUCUAUUCAAAACGGCAUGCAUCGACGAUACUCAAGAGAUGAUUUGGAUACUAGAGUACGCGAAAUCCGCAACCGCGUUUGGUGGACCACCUAUACUAUAGAACGACGAAUUUCAAUCUUUCAUGGACGACCCAUGUCGAUCAGACCUGUUGAUGUUGAUACCGACAUGCCAUCUGAACAGAGCCACAUAUGCCCAUGGACGACAAUCACCGUACCUUGUAUUCUCGCUACUCUGCGUCUAAAUGAAUUUCUAAGGAAAGUAUGGAACGAAAUUGAUCUUUUGAAGGGUGCACCUAAACAGAAAGCGAUUAUGCGCAGGCUGACCAGUAUACACGGCGAGCUCAUCGCGUGGUGGUCAGAGUUGUCCACUGAUCUUCUCCUACAAGAAGAGUCCUCCCAACCGGAACGAUACAGCCUUCAGUUGAAAUUGGAGUAUUGCCUAGUACGGAUGUUCUGUGGCCGCUGUUUCAUCUUCUCCAAUGACGCUGCGGGGACAACACCAGAGCAACACAGCGCGAUAUCCCCAUCCGCCGCGUCUGAUGUUACUCACCCCCGUUCUGUUCUCGUGCGGGAUUGCGUCAAGGCUGCCUUUGAAGCGAUUGAGACCUGCCGACAUAUUCACAACACUAUCGGCCUGGCUCGCGCAUCCUAUACGGAAUUUAGCUCCUGCCGCGCGGCCUUGUUGAUCAUUACGACCCAAUGUCUCCAAACGAAAUGCCAUACAUUCCGUUACGCACUCCGAGAUGGUCUCUCAAUGUUGAAGCACAUGGCAUCGGGCAGCAGACUAGCACACGUGGAGGCGUCAUUGGUGGAUCGUUUUGAGCAAGUAAUUGCUAGGCUUGACCAGGCCGCUAGCAUGGAGAAGAAAGGACCGUCAGACUAUGACAAGUUUAAGGAGUGGGAGACGGAAUGGCGAACUGAUUCGGUCUUUGCCUCAACCGAUUCACCCCGAGUCUUUCAGGGGGCAUCGUCAGCUAAGGAGGUGAUCUCAAUAAGCCAAGUUAGCCCGGACAAGAGUGACGAACUUGGUUCCUCGUCCGAGCCUCAGCUUUACGCAAGCGGGGAUGUGGCAUUCUUUCCAGAGUCUGACGAUUGGACCACGUUCUUUGGGGCUGAUUUUCUUAUGCAGUUGGAUGAUGGGAUUCGUGGCAAUAGACGAGACUGA